CCGGCCCCCAGCACCCGCGCCGGCCGCGAGCCCGGCAGCCGCAGGCCCGCCCUCCGCUCGGCCGGCUUUUCCCGCGGGGGCCUCACUCCUCCACCGCAGCCCGGGAAGCUGGCGGCGCGGCUGCUCCCGCACCUUACCUGUUUCUUUCCUCUUUUCCUCCCGCCGAGACCCUCCCGUCAGAAGGGGAGCAGCCGCCUGACCCGGGCUGGCAGCAAGACGCAGGGGCACGCGGGGACAGCCCCCUCAGAAGCCCCCAGCCCACCCUUCCCCGCAGGGGCCAUGAGCACGAGGCCGGAGGCCAGGAGAGAUGAGGGAGACACCAGGAGGAGGGAACAGCAGGCAGAGCUCCGGGACCGAGCCCACCUGAGCCAGCAGCGCCGGCUCAAACAGGCCACCCAGUUCCUGCACAAGGACUCUGCCGACCUGCUGCCGCUGGACAGCCUCAAGAGACUCGGCACCUCCAAGGACCUGCAGCCACACAGCGUGAUCCAGAGACGCCUGGUGGAGGGAAACCAGAGUCGGGUUCAGGGGGAGUCUCCCCUGGUGCAGGCCCUGACUCAUGGCCAGGAAAGCAGGAAGACCAGCAGGGCAGAGAUCCCAGCUCUUCUGGUCAACUGCAAGUGCCAGGACCAGCUGCUCAGAGUGGCCGUGGACACAGGCACCCAGCACAAUCAGAUCUCUGCGGGCUGCCUCAGCCGCCUGGGGCUAGGGAAGAGGGUCCCAGAAGUCCCAGCUGGGGACCUGGCACCUGAGCCCACAACCCAGGUGGAGCAGCUGGAGCUCCAGCUAGGGCAGAAGACUGUGGCAUGCUCGGCACAGGUGGUGGAUGUCGAGAGUCCUGAAUUCUGUCUGGGGCUGCAGACCCUGCUCUCUCUCAAGUGCUGCAUCGACCUGGAACGUGGAGUGCUGCGGUUGAGGGCCCCAUGCUCGGAGCUGCCCUUCCUGCCUUUCUACCAAGAGCCUGGCCAGUGACCACUGCCCCAGUCAGUCCCUGGGGAAAGACCUUGCCUUAGGGAAAGGGCCGGGUGGUGAAGGCGCUGCUAGAGCCAGGUGGCUGGGGACUAGUGUAUCUGUCCCUUUUAUUACCACCCUGACCCCUGUCCCAUUUCCCUCAGCCUGCACAUCCUUCUGCUUCUCAGCAGCUGUCCUGUCCCCUGGGAGUUUUCAGAGGGCCCCUGAUUCCAGGGUUCCGGUGCCCCUGUUCUCUCAUUCCCCUACUGAGGAGAGCACAGUCAGACCAGGACUGCAGAAAGGGUCCUAAGCAAAACGAGGUACCUUCUUGGUCCUCAGCAUGGCAGGAAUAGGCCUAAGCCAAAGGCUGCACUGACUGCUAUUCUCGCCUGCCCCCCAAACUCUACUCAACUGCUUGCACCCCACAUCUCUCCUCACCUUCUGGGGCCUAUCAUCUCUUGCAACUAGACUGGCACACCUCACCAGCCAGGUCCCUGGCCCUUCUGGUGCCACCACUCUGAUUCUGUGCAUGUCUGCUCACAGCAGGGAGAUAUAAUAUUAGAAUAAUUCAAUACAGCAGAGAAGGUGAGUUAGUGAGGGAAUGUCCAGCUCAGAAGGCUGACAGACUUUAUUAGUUAUCUUUUCAGGUGUUGCAAUGCCUGAUGCCAGCUUUUGUUUGAUUUCCCUGUGCGAAGCCUUGGGUAUACCUUUGAUCCUGACAAGUAUUAAUCCUUCUCCAUUCGCUUUCUGUACCCACCACACCCCUGACCUUUGGGGCUGUGUGUGGAAGAGCCCUGUAGAGAACUGCCCCUGUGUGGUGGAAAGGAUGGCGGGCUUGUCAGCACUUGAGCUUAACCCAUACAGUAUUCUUUCUUAGUUCUACAACUAGCCAGCUCAUUAAGCUUUCUUCCUGCCCCAUAUCUCUAGUCUCCUGGGCUUUAGCUUGCCUGGUCCUGGAAUCAGUGGCUUUCCAUCCCUCCGCCAGGCUCUGAGCCAAAGCAAGAAGACUGAGGCUCUUUUGAUUCGAGAAGAAUCCAAACCUUAAGAAGCCAGACC